AUGAGCAUACUACUGCAGUCCGGCCUCUUUGGCCUUGGUCCACCGUGCUCAAUCGCUAUAAAUUUCGAAGACGCAGAGACGCGAAAACAAGCAUCCGUUAAGCGGGAGAGUGGCCAAACAGAGUUAGUGCCCUUGUUUCAUGGCCAAGACACGGUCGCGGGAGAGGUGAGGAUAGAGCCUUUGCCGGGGAAAAAAAUCGAACACACCGGAGUCAAGAUUGAGCUGAUCGGCCAAAUCGAGCUUUUCUUUGAUCGCGGAAAUUUCUACGAUUUUACCUCUCUCGUGAGAGAGCUCGACAUUCCUGGCGAGAUAUCCCAGAGGAAGAUUUACCCUUUUGAGUUUCAAAACGUGGAGAUGCAGUAUGAGUCGUACAACGGGGUCAACGUUAGACUGAGGUACAUUCUGAGAGUGACUGUCAGUCGAAAUUAUUCUUCCAACAUUGUCAAGGAGAAGGACUUCUGGGUACGGAAUAUCUUGAAAGAGCCAGAAAUCAACAACACAAUCAAGAUGGAGGUUGGCAUUGAGGACUGUUUACACAUCGAGUUUGAGUACAACAAAUCGAAGUACCACCUGAAGGAUGUAGUAAUAGGAAAAAUCUACUUUCUACUGGUUAGAAUCAAGAUAAAGCACAUGGAGCUGGAGAUAAGGCGACGUGAAUCAACGGGUUCAGGGCCGAAUACUUACAAUGAGAGCGAAACUCUUGCCAAGUAUGAAGUCAUGGAUGGAGCUCCAGUAAGAGUCUGUGCGACCCGUAGACGACGGAGGCUAGUCGUCGUGCGAGCGGGCGACUUCGACGGCGACGACGACGACGAGGGGAUGGAGUUCGACGCGGAGGAUCUCGAUCUCGACGCCGAGCUCGAGGUCGAAAUGGACGGCCGAGAUGAUCUCUUCAUGCUAGACGAUCCCUCCGCGUACGGUCUCGACACAGGGGCAAUGGGUCUGGCGGGAGACGCGGCGCUUGCGCGCGCGGGGGGAGGGUUGGCGGUGGCGGAGCGGGAGGGCGCGGGAGCGGUAGUGCGCGUAGAUUACAGGAUCGAGGAGGCGGCGUUCCACUGCAUCGCCGUGGCCGCCUGCGACCUCUUCGUGCGACGAGGAGGCGAGGCCGGCGACAACGACGUGUUUGAUUUCUCCGAGGUGUAUUUCACUCCGCCCGGCAGUGACGUCUACUCCAUUCCCAGCAAGCUCGCACCGCUGCCCUCUCAGCCAAUCAGAUGCCAGGUGGGGCGGUGGACGUACAUAGCGGGGAAGUUCCUGCCGCACUCCACCGACCCGUACAAGCCCAGCGCCAAGGAGAUCGAGGAGGUCACCAAAGUGUUUUUCAUCCGGCACUUGAACGACGCGGCCUACGGCACGAGGGAGUUUGUGUUGGACUUUGAGGAGGUGUACGUCUUUGACGGCCACGACAAGACACUGCGCCGUGCCAACGUCAUCCUGGAUGUGCCAGAGGACCAGCCACGCGACCGCAGAAACGAGACUCUCAUCGUCAGGGACGACGGCACCACCUUCCGAAUCAUUCCCAAGGAGAGGAAGCGCAGUGCAGACGAUGUGAUUCAGGAGGUGCAUUGGAAGAGGACAAGAGAGUCCAUGGAAAACUACCUCAGAGGCUUCCGAGACUUCCACAAAUCCAACUGGUUCUGA